UUUAGUAUAAAAGCAACAUAAUUUGUCAAGAAUUCCUUAUCGUACAGUACCAGAAGAGGGAUUUUAUGCCCGGAAGGCUUCAUCUUGGAAAGAGUCACAUUGUUCAGCAAGUACAGCAUCCUGGCAGAGACGGGGGACUUGGUUCAUCAACCCAGUUUCAACAACACAGUAAACAAAAUGGCGUACAACAGACAAGAGGAACGAUUUGGUCGUGUGACGGGAAACACCCUAAGACGAAACACUUUCCCAAGCUACUACGCCGAUCAAUUUAUCUCUAAGAAGAGAAACACUGCAAGAACUCAUGUUGCCCCCCAGCCACUACCAGGAGUGAACGUUGAUGCAGAUUUAAUGGAUGUACAGCUGGAGGAGCUGAUUAAUGAUGGAGACUUGCAAGGUUCAGGGUUUCUUUAUUCGCUUAAUAAGCGUCGACGCUGGGAACUACCAGAUCUUCUAAAGGAGACCAUCUGUAAUGAUGACCUCCAUGAAGAUCUCAACUUCAAAGUCAUGCUUGUUGAGCAACACCUCGACGGCCAGAAUGUCUUCAAGCCUGCUUGUACUGGCCUGUAUGAGACGCAGACCUCACAAGCUGAGAGGCUACCGAAGAGGAAGUAUGCUCGGGAGCAGGAUCUCCAUAAGCGCAACAACGGAGGCAAGGCCAAGGAGGAGGCGUUGCGUCAACACGUCAAUAAGAUGCGCUGUAUGAAGAACCGAGGAGGAAAGAAGGUAGACUGGAGGAGUUUGAUGGAUGCAAUGAGGGAAGAGGUACGCAGAGAGGAGCAGGUUGAUGAUGAGGUUCAAGAUACUAUGUCUCAGGUUCGCUAUGAGAUAAGUUAUCAUCGACCAGAAAAUAAAUACCACUGGAAACCGGAGAUGAAGAAUAAUGUGUGUACAUCAAAAGGUCCAAGAGCCAGCCAGAAACGUCAGAAACUCAGUACAACAUCCUUCUUAGAAGAGGUUUAUGAACCGAACGACAUUGAGAAUGACAUCAUGAUGGAUGUCAUUGACUACUCAGAGAAAGAGAACUCUGACUGUAGUCAAAUCAACAAGCCAAACCGCCCUAUGUCCACGCUAGAAGAUGCUUUCCUCGGUCUCACCAAGAAACCAAAGAGGAGCAAGAAACGGGCUUCUAAGUCAACUCCAGGCAACCUUGCAAAGAAGACUGGUACUAACCAAGCCUCAUCUACCUUCGUAAAGAAGCAUGACAAGGGUAGCUAUGUUUAUGACCCGACCGCUGUUUCUUAUAAGUAUCAGGCAAUGCCAAGUUCUCGACCUAAAGCUACCACAGCUGCUCCCACUGAUGCACAGGAGACUCGAGCAUCACUGAAUCUUCUUGUCGACCAUGAAACGCUGAACCCAUCAAGGCUUGAGGCAGACUUUGGCAAGGCAUAUGCUCAGGCCCAGUCCAUCCCGCAGAAGUUUGCAAUCGAAGUACUUAACUAUUCUAAAGAGUCAGUUGAGGACCCUCUGAAGAGCGUGUACGCUUUGUUUGAAGUGGAGAGGGAGGACUGUGUGAUGGUGGAGAGCAAACAGCCGAAGGAAACCCACGAGGAUUGGCAGAUGGUGAAGAAAGGCAGGACUACGAGAAUGACUGUGUAUGGUGACGUUGAUGGAUUGAACACAAACCGCCUGAUUGAGAACAUGGCCGCCCUAUUUCCAUCAACUAGUAUCUUCUCCAUUCAAGAGGUUAUGAUAUAUCUCAAGGAUGAAAUCAAGAUGGCCACCAGCUGCAACAGAGUUCAAAUCCAAGAAAUCAGAGCAAAUUCAAAACUGAUCUCUUUCGACAUACCAACUGUGAGGGCAGCAUUUGGCUGGGAUUACAGCUUCAGCUCAGCUGAUGAAGCGUAUAGAGACAUAAAGAGCUCUCAAGAGAACAAGUCCUGUGCUAACACCACUCUCGGAGUGAUACCAGCAGUGUGGUCAGACAACUGUGGGAUCUGCUGCGAGAGUCUAGCGCCCUCUACAUCUGCCAGCAGAGAGGAUGGAGAAGCAUGCAGAGUGGAUGAUCUAAUGGAAGGCACAUCUCUUUUGGCAUGUGGUCACAGUUUCUGUAAUGUUUGUUGGAGGCGUUACCUUUCAUCAGGUGUCCACCAGGGAGUGAAGGACAUCACAUGCCCAGAGUACAACUGCAGGAUUCCAGUGGAUGCAGUCACAGCUAUGGCAUUCCUCAGCCCCGCCCAGUACCACACCCAUUACAGACGAUUAAGGGACACUACCCUUGCAAGCUCCACCAAAUGGCACAGGUGCCCCAAUCCACAGUGUGGUCGCAUUGCUCUGGUUCAGUCCAGCCAAUCGGAGUCCAUGUUAGAUAAUGGUCAGGCUGUUGCAGUGAGGUGCGGGUGUGGAUGGCUGUGGUGCACUCAAUGUAAAGAGCCUGCUCAUUGGCCCGCUUCAUGCAAACAAGCUGAAACAUACAGGCCCCUCAUCAAAAAGACAGUGAAAAUGACUUCAGAUAAGAGGCCACUUAUAACUCACGUAGAGGUUAGAAAGUGCCCAGGAUGUGGCACUCGAUGGGAAAAGAAUGGCGGCUGUCCCCAUAUGGUAUGUGGGAACUGUGGUCUUGCUUUCUGUUGGGGAUGUCUUCAACCAUUCCACAGUCAUGACUAUAAUCUAUGUCAAAAGACUGUCACUACGAGUAAGGUGAUCCAUUUGAAUUUCUCAUUAACCCAAAAAGACUUCAUGAUCAAGCUGGCCGUGGAACAUCACAAGAAAGGAUGCCUUAAGAUUCUUAAAAAACACUUGCUGGGUGCAGCCAAACUUGCUUCAAGAUCAAUCAUGCUUUAUUUAUCCACACAAGAAGGCAAGUUUAACUUCCAAACAUCCUUGUUACCAAGUGGUGCUAUGGGAACAGUAACCCAAAGCAACAAGCUCAUCCCAUUGACAUGGGCAAAGACUCGGAAAGACCUAGAGAUCAUGAGUAGGAGAGAAACACAAUGUCUUGAUAUUGUUGUCUUCUGUCAAGAGACUAAUUUUGUUUUGGAGCACCUAACAUUCUUCCUUUGGGGGAAGACACGUCGACAACGGAAAGCCAAAUGGUGGAACGCUAUGUUCAGAUUACAAUUCAUUACUGGAUAUCUUGAAGAGACUUUAACGAAUCUACAAACUGUAAAGAAGUCCGAGACGUUAGCCACUUUGGACAGACUUUGUAACAUGAUGUAUGCUGGGAAGAAAUGCCUCAAGCAACUAGCACACAGCAUCAACACGGACUCACACAAGACGCAGUGAAUUAGAGAUUAGACUUGGACAAGAAAUGCUUAAGACAACUAGCACACAGCAUCAACACGGACUCAAACAAGACGCAGUGAAUUUGAGAUUAGACUCGCACAACAAAUGCUUAAGACAACUAGCACACAGCAUCAACACAGACUCAAACAAGACUCGGUGAAUUAGAGAUUAGACUCGGACAAGAAAGUCCCUACCAGUGAAUCCAAACAAGACAGAGUAAAUUAAAUUUGACAUUUUGUGGGUCUUACACAGAGUAUGGCUAAAGGUCAAAGACCAAAGCCAAACUUAUUAUGACACUCGUAAAUAGAGAAGAUCUUCAUUAGAAGUCUCCCAUACACUUUACUCGGCAGAUCCUCUGAAGUUGUAUAUAAAGCUAGUUUACUGAGUGCUUACUGUAGCAUAAAAACAUGCGUAAGCACAAGUAUUUCAUAAAACAAUCAGAGAGAUUUGUUGAGAUUCAAAAGCGCGUGCGUGCAUUCACAAUGGAUUUGCAUUGGUGCAUCACUCAUCUGCGUAUGCUUACAGAACCGCUGGCAAGCUACCUUUGUUAUUUUCCUUACAUAUUAGCAGUGAACAUGAAACUGAUAUUAUGCUUAUGGCUUCUCCGUUAGCAGAAUACAUCAGCUUACAGGUUUUAUGAAAUUCAGUUCUUAUCAGGGACAAAUUUCAUUAAGCUGCUUAUCACAAAAAUAUGCUAAGCAUAACCAAAUAAUGCUCAGCAGAAUAAGAAUACCAGUCAAAAGAAUAUGUCACAUGAACCAUCUGUGACUGCUAUAAAGCAGAACAUGUAAAGCAAUACUCCCUGCUAAAGCAGCACUGUGAGAUUGGGCCUAGAACAGUUAAGUAGACAAACCUAAUGCACAGCACCGUGAGAUUGGGCCAAUGCACCAACCCUUUUAUACUUGAUGAUCAUCAAAACUUUCAAGGAAGUCAACGAUGAUGGUUACGUUAUGAUAAUUGGUGUAUAUUAGUAACUUGAAUAUGAGGUUACAAAUAUAUUUAUGAAUAUAAAUAUUGUCAGUAAUGAAGAUGUGUUGUACAUUUUUACAGUUUGAAAUAGAAAUAAUAUACAAGGUAAUCCAUUUCCAUAUUAAUACAGAACUUGAAAUAAAUAUAUAAAAUAUUUUUACCAAAAGGUGAAGUUCACACUUGUGAAAAAUGAAUGGUAUUUAUGAUAUAACAGAUUCUAUUAAUAUGCCAAUCUACAAGAUUCAGCAGGUCUUUGAAUUCUGGCAUGCUCUAAAAUGUCACUGGGGUCUAAUGGUUAGACUGCAGGACGUACAAUCACAGGGUUGUGGGUUUGAAUCCUACCAAGCUACAUAACUGUGGUCCAA